AUGCAGAUUCUCUCCAUCCUAGCCGCGCUCUUCGCGACUUCGGCCAUCGGCGCCGUCGUCCCUGCCGCCCUCGAGAAGCGUGCCAUCACCUGCGUUGCUCCCGGCUCGACUGCCACCGCGCGCUGGACCAACGCGGCGGGCCAGGCAUGCACCUUCAACGGUAUAGUGGGCAGCAACUACGGCAAGAACGCUGCUGGCGGCGACUACUCAUGUAAUGGCCGCUGCGGCGCCGGAUGCUCUGGCGUCGCGCUGGGCAACUUCUACACGCAAGACUGCUUCUCGCAUGAUAUUUGCUCGUAUUUUGAGAACGCCAGUGGUGGUGCUAGUGACAAGAACUGCGGUGCUGCUUUCAAUGCUGCUGCUGACGACACCAUUGGCGGUUUCUCGUGCGCCAAGUCAAACCCUUCGAAUGCGGCUGUGGCACCGUCGACCAAACCUGUUUGCGUAUGA